GGUGGGGUGGGGGGGGGUUCGCUCUGGCGCCAGUAAUGCUUGUCCACCCCCUCACUGCUUCUUGCAGUCCGGGCCCCGCCUCCAUGACUGCAUCAUUCUGAAGCCGCGGUUGCGAUGGGAAGAAACAAAACGCGUGCAGAAACGUUUUUCACAAAUAUGAGGCUCAUCCGAUAACUCCCCAUCCAAUGGAUGGAGGCCUCUUGAUACUCCUGGUUUUAAGCGACGCCUUGAAAGUUUUGUUGCGACUCUCUUUGGGUCUCGCUGCAUGGAUACCAAAUACCUCAGGGAAAUCAAAAUAUGGCUUUGCAUCUCUCACAUUCAGCACGGCUGCAGAAAUAACUGGGUUACUUCCGCGGGGGUGUGACACUGAUGGGACCCAUGAGGUUGGACGUCCCAUCGGGUCACACCUCCUGUGCACACAACCAGAAUUAUAUGCACGGUCAUGCACCGUGCAUGAUACACCCCCGCCGCGCGGCGGCGGUUUUUGCUUAAAUACUUGGGUUUAUCGCAAUCUCAUUCGUGAAGAUGCAGUAUUAUCGACGAGAGUCUCAAUCUGUGGCUGAUGGUCCUUUUGCCAACUCAUUGCGAUUCCAUGCACAACGUAUGAACAUGUCACUCCAUCUAGUGAGUCGUCGAC